CCUGGAGAAAGAAAGAGUCACCCGUCAACAUUCUGCGAAAUGGAUAUCGAAGCUGUUGAAAACAAGAUCAGGAGUACAGUUUUAGCGAAAAGGAUUCGAAUCUCAGAGUACUUUGGAGACUAUGACAAAUUGCACAGUGGUUAUAUCACAAGAUCUCAAUUCCUACGAUGCUUGGACCAAACGGUCGGGGUCCGUCUCACACUGGAGGAGAGCGAUGCCCUCUUUAGGAAGUAUGACUUGAAGUGCAAUGGCACCAUCAACUACAGGCAUUUCAAUGAUAUCAUUAAUAAACCCUUCAAUCCAAAUGAGAUUGACAUAGACCCAAGUCUUCAGGAAGUCAAAGCUCCAGAAAUUCGGAAUGAUAUCAAUCCUGAAACUGACCCAGACAAGAUGAAGUGUUUUGAGACUAUCAUGAAGCAACUAUGUGCUUAUUAUAAAUACCAUGGUACUGACAUUUCCCCACCAUUUCAAGACUUAGACAAGCUAAACUCUGGAACAGUGACAGAGAGUCAGUUUGAUCGUAGUAUUAUACGUCCCACUGGUCUGUCGGAUGAGAUGGUAUCUAUGAUUGCCUCCCACUACGCAGUGCCAGACAAACCCGGCUUCAUCAACUACAUAAACUUUUGUAACGAUGUUCACAACAGGACCAAGAGCAUGGAACCAGAUGCCCCGGCUGGGCCAACUAUUCCAUAUGGGUACUGGCCACCUGAGUUACCCAAAUCGCCUGAGAUUCUGGAGGUGUUUGACAAAAUCCGGGAUGUUGUUUUCCUUAAAGGGAUUCGAACGCCAGAAUUCUUCAAGGAUUACGACAAACUGCACAGUGGUCUUGUCACAGAAAGUCAGUUUGUACGAGGCCUGCAUUUGAUUUGUGGGAGAGAAGGUAUCUUGACAGAGCAAGACAUCCAGAUACUUCUCAGAUGCUUUGGCACACCGGAUGGCAAAGUUCGCUAUCGUGAUUUCUGUGAUGUGAUGGAACACGCAUAUAAUAUUCCUCAUUUGGAAAAAUAUCCCAGAGCGGAGGUGUACAAGCCACCAAGUGGAAGUCUGUUCAAGCUAGGGACAAAGCUAACGGAUGAAGAAGAGAAAAGACUGGAGACUCUGCUCAGAGAACUUUGUGACAAAGUGGAUAAGAGACAGUUAUUGGUGAACCCAUUUUUCAGAGACUAUGAUGAGAAAGUGGCAUAUAGAAGACUUCUGUCCAAAUCGCAGUUUGAGAGAACAUUGGAUUAUUUGGGACUGAGCGUGUUGCCAAUGGACUUCCGGCUGCUGUGUAAGAAAUUUGGGGACCCAGCUUCGGGAGACAUCAAUUAUGUUGCAUUUAGCCAGGCCGUUGACAAAGAUUUUACAGGUUUCAGAGUGGAUUCCUUUGAGGAUGAAUUCCCAGCAAUUAAACCAAUUGUGCUUUCGCCAGAAGAACAAGAAGUUGGCUUUAAACAAGAGGAAAAGAUAGAGAGCGGUGUGCAGGACGUGGGCGAGCUGAUGGCCCGACUCCGCCACCAUAUCUUGGUCAACAGAGUCAGGACUGUUGACUUCAUUGAGGACUUUGACCCUUUGCGCAGUGGAAGAAUCCCUACAUCAGUCUUUAGGAGGGUUCUUGGUAUGAUAGGAUUUGACUCAGAACUAAAUGAUGCUAAAUUCAAUGCUCUGGCGAAUUGCUAUGAAGAUCCCUUUAAACCUGGCCAUAUUAUAUGGACUAAUUUCACCAAAGACAUUGACUCAGUGUUCACCAUCCCGGAACUGGAGAAGGCACCCACUGUAAAGGUUCCACCAUUAGAGACUUACCUGCUGCCCAAGGUUGGCACAGUGGAUGCAGACAUCUUAAACGCUCCAGAGAGAACUAAGUUCGAAUCUUUGAUGUGUCGUCUGAAAGAGCGAAUCAGCCACAGGGGUCUCAUAACACUUCCCGUAUUCAAUGAUUUUGACAAGGAAAACAAAGGCCACUUGUCUCGGUCUCAGUUUCAUCGAUCUCUUGCUCUGCUGAAUAUAGAAGUGCCAGAGAAUGAGGUGGAUUUGCUGGAGAAAGUGUUCUCAGAUGAACUGGGUGUCAACUAUGUCAGAUUCCUGGACCAAGUAGAUCCCCAGCCGAAGCCUGAAGAGAUGUAUGACAAACUGAUGGAUGAGAUUCAGCAGCUGAACGAUUUUAAGGGAAUCCAUGAACUGGGGGCCUCGAAUGACAUUAACUGCAUCUUAGAAAAGAUUAAAACCAAGGUGUACAGAAACCGGGUCAGGAUUGGUGAUCAUAUGAAGGACUUUGACAAGCUGAACAGUGGACGUAUUCUGAAGAAUAACUUCAGAAGGGCACUCAAUUUAGACGGGUUCGAACUGCAACCUUCCGAAAUGGCAAUACUUGAAAAAGCAUACGAAUCCUGCAAGGAGCCAGACUAUGUUGAUUAUAAGGUGUUCAUCAAUGAAAUUGAAUCUAUUUUUACACUUGAUCAUCUUGAGAAGUGUCCUCAAACUGAGGUGAUCGAGUACAAGCCACCUCCAGACUGGACCCUCAACACACUGUCUGCGGAAGAGAUCUGUGUUUUUGAAGAUGCCAUGAAUCGACUGGCGGACAAGGUGGGGAAGAAACGAGUCCAGCUCUUCCCGCUGUUCGAAGACUUCGACCGCCUGAAGAUCGGCAGUGUCUCACAGGCGCAGUUCCACCGUGUGCUGGCCGAGUUGGAUCUGGAUAACGUGCUCAGCCCAAGGGACGUCCGUGUCCUGAUGAAAAGAUUCCGGGUGAAGAUCGGCACUGAAGACGAUGUCAACUACAACGCGUUCUGUGAUGCCGUGUACGAUGCAGCCAACAUGGACAAGAGGAUCCCUUAGCCCGGAACACUCACCCUACCCCACUCCUCCUUCUAUCCCAUCCCCACACUGUAAUCCUCAUUCCCAAGAAAAGAUUCAGUAACAUUGAGAAUAAAGGAGGAAAAGUCAACGACUUUUUCAUACAACACAGUUAGUCCCAGCCGAUAUAGACUGCAAUGAUAUUUUGCACUUCUCUACCUUCCAUAAAAUGUAACUAUGUGUGGUGUUUUCCAUGAUCUUUCUAAAGCUGUUUUUAAUGAAGUAAGUUAUAUAUUCUUUGGUUACACAUGUUUGAGGUUAAACUAUAACUCAGUCUGCUCGCCUGAAUGGAUGUAAAAGAUCUUGGGCACUACCUGGCUACUGCUUUGCCUGGAAACCUUGGCGAAUGUUCAUCCCUCAAUCAACAGCACUGCAAGGGCAAACUGGUUACUAUUCAGUAAGGCCCUCGCUGUUUGUGCUCUGGUUGCCAUAAAGACAUUUGUUACAGAAGUAACAAACGGAAAAUCAAACUCAUUAAUUGGUUGUGAAGAACUUGGAGACACCUUCAGGAUGUGAAAGUUGCUUUAAGAGAGGGCUCUGCUAAUAACUGAUGGCUAAAGCAGUGAGUGGUAACUUCACAAACCCGCAGCUCAUGGCUGAAUGCCUCAAGAAAGACCUUAGCAGGUACGGCGAGAUGCGGGGAGUGUGCUCGCCGUUCCAGAUGCAUGUGGACAACUUACAAUCGCCUAAACUCAUGGACCAAGUCUAGAGUUAGCGCAGAAACCUGUUCUUUAUCUACAAAAUGACCCCCACACUCAGAUAAUGGAGAAGAAUUUGCACUGUUGCAGAAUUUACAGAUCACUACCCAAAAGUUUGACGUAUGGAAUAAAAUUAACUCUCAUGGAAAUUUAUUUGGAAAAGCAAAUAAAUCUACACAGAAUGCAUUAAUAUUUUCCAAUUCCCGUUUCUUGAUGAAUGAGCAGCUGAGGUGGUUUCGAGUUGGGGGAAAAUCGUGAAAUGGACCCUUUUCUAUGAUGGCAACCGCCUAUAAUGAGGGAUUCACCAAGCGUCUGCUGCAAUUAAUUAAUUAUAGGCAGCACUGAUGGGUUGGGAAUGAUUCAGGGUAGAUUGUAGGUAAAUGUUGUGGGAAAGGGUGAAUUAAAAAUCAGGCCCCAUGUGUCAAUAGAGUGCAGUAUAGCCUCAAUGUUCAGCUGUGGCCAGACACCCAGUGUUUGCUCCAAUUAUCCAGAGAGGUUUUGAUUCUUUCCAGGGCGAUGUUAGAAAUUCUCUUCACAGAUUGUUGCCUGGGAAUUAUCGGCCGCAAUUCCACUGAAGGGAAUGCUUUGUCAGAUGUAUUUGCACUCGGUGCAAUUUUACAGCUGGCGAGACAAGUGCUUCUGGAUGACAGGUCAACAAUGGAGGAGCUGUCACUCAGCUUUCGUUUAGUUUUAGUUUAGAGAUACAGCGCGGAAACAGGCCCAUCGGCCCGUGCAUUAAUGCUAUCCUGCACACACACUAGGGACAAUUUUCCAUUUUAUUCCAAGCCAAAUAAACUACAAACCUGAACGUCGUUGGAGUGUGGGCAAUAAUCAAAGACCUCGGAGAAAACCCACGCACGCUACGGGGACAACGUGCAAACUCCCUACAGACAGCACCCGUGGUCAGGAUCGAACCCGGGUCUCUGGUGCUGUAUUGGGCCUGUCCCACAUUGCGAUUUUUUUCGGCGACUGCCGGCAUCAUUGACUGAUGCCGAAAAACCGUCUGGAUGGGCGACAAGCUGCGAUAAUUUACGCCAUCUGGCAUCACAAAUUUUCCGGACCUAGGACGACCACAACAGCGACAACAUACGACAUCCUGCGACCGCACAGACGUCAAACAACGACAACCGAGGUCAACAUACGUCCACCCGCGGCACGGCACGAUACAGCAAGAUACGACACUGUCUGCUACAUCUGAAGACAAGUAGCGCCAUUUUGAUCCGUAUCUUGACGCAGGCGCUGUCGCCGGUCGGCGUAUGAUGACGCAGGUUGGCGCAAAAGGAAUUUGCCGAGGUCAUGACCUUGCGACAUCGUACGUCACCUGGCGUCGUCCUGGCGACCACCUACGACAGGGGACGACAGGCAACAUCAGGCAACGCCAAGUCCACUGUCGCUGCAAGGUUUUGAACAUUUCAAAAUCCAGCUGCGACAAGAAAAAGGUGACGACACUCACGGAGACAGCUCACGGCAACACAGGCGUCAGCUAUCACCGAAAUAAGCCGCCAGGUAGGACAGGGGCUUAAGGCAGUAGCUCUACCGCUGUGCCACCCUAACGACACAACGUGCUUGCCAUCCGACCCACACCUUCACUCUGAGAACCCCCAGCCACCCGUCAAUGGACAACGGACUUUCAAUUACUUUCCUAUCAGCGUGAGUCUUGCUUGGUGUCGUGGGCAGAGGGGCAGCUAAACCAUGGCUCCCACACCUUAGCCGGCCUCUGUAGUGGCAACAUCCUGACACACUGAGGAACAAGGAGCAGUUGUAAAGAGGCCACAAAAAAUCAUCAUCAGUCGCCACUUACAUUGGCGCCCAGCAUGUUUAACGACAAGAUUUGAAAUGUAGUCACAUUGAAUAAAGCAUUUUAAAACAGGAUGUCUUGGGUGAUCAAUUUAGGUGGUUAAAUAUUUGCCCGCAGUCCUGGAGCGAUUGCUGGCAAUGGUGUACAUAGUGGCCAGCUGGUUGCGUGAAAGCAUUUUGCACAGUCAUCCUUAUGUGUCCUGAGCUGAUAUUGUUCCAACGUGACCAACUCUGUUUGGGACAUCUGUUUACUCUUGUCCCAAUCUAUGAGUGAUUCAACACUAGAUUCAUUUUUGGUAAGAUUCACACCCCAUUAAAUGAAGGGAAACUUCCUGGUGCAAAUGAGGUGCGGCCUGAGCUGGUUCCCAAGAUAUUAAAAGUGAUCCACAUUGAUCAAGGUCUCAUCAUGGAUGCUGACUGUCAGGGGGUGAUGUGUUGCAGUUUGGUGAAGGACCAUUGGCUUAAAGUAAAGUUUGACCUCCGAGUGUGCAAAUGAACCAUCCCAACCUGAAACGUUGCCUGUCCCAUGUUCUCUACAGAUGCUGCCUGACCUACUGGGCGGCUGCAGCGCUAUCUGUCCAUUUUUGUAGUUCCUUGUUUCUAAAUCAAUGCAAACAUUGUAUACCUACUGUAUGCCUACUGUCAGAGCUCACCUGACCGUGUGUUCGAAGGCCAAGACUUAAAACAUGACAACCCGGUUUCGAUCCCGAAUAUGGCUGCUGUCUGUAUGGAGU